UCUUCAUUUUCUUACCAUUCACAGAGAAACACUCCCAGCAUUCAAGAUUCAAGAAACUAAGGAGAAGAUCUCCGAUGAUGGAAUCGAGAAAACGGACUACCACGUCCACUCCGUAUCCUCCUUCGCCAUUGCCGGACCCUCCGUCGUCUUCAAUCUUCCGAGACAUUUCCAAUUUCAAAACCCCUAAAAGACCCUCGAAAUUUUCAAGUUUCCAGUCUUCGCCACAGUUCUUCACUGCCAGCAAGAACACCCCAUUUUCCUCCUCCCGGCGUUGCUUCAAAUCAUCGGCUUUGAAAUCGAAGGCGGCUCGUAGGUUGAAGGCCUAUGAGCUAGAGCAAUCCAAAUCUGCGCGGAAGGUUCAGAGUGAGAAAGAGAAAUCGGUCAAAUCACUGGCUAGGUCACUCACUGUGUGGCUGAAUUUCUUGUUCGAGAACCCUGGCUCGUGUGGCUGUGAUCCAGCUACCUUCACAGGGGAAACUGAUGGUUUCGAUUUGAGUUUAGGUGGAGGAGUGAAGGAAGUGCUGCUGAAUAAUGGGAAGAGGGAGAGUGUGCCGGGACAGGGAGUUGGGAUUGAUGGGCCAUGGAGAGUCCCCAAGAGGCAGAGGGGCUUGUCCUGGAGGAUGGAGGGGAGUGAUGAAGGUGGAGACUGUGAGCUGUCGAAUUUCAAGUUCUUGGGGCUGAGAGCUUCUUUGGAGGAGAUAUGUAGCUUUGAGGAUUUGAAGGAUCGAAUGAGGAUGUAUUUGAGCCUAGGAAAUUGCAGAGAUAUUUUCAAAACCAUGGAUGGAGUGACAAAGAACAUCGAUGAAGGUCGGCUGAGAAUGAAGGCUAGUUGCCCCAUAGUGAGUGACGUAGCCAUGAAGGAGAAAGCCAUUGGAAUUCUCAUGUGUUACGACCCCAUUUGGCUAAGAAUUGGUUUAUACAUAAUAUUGGGUGGCGAUCCCUUGUUGCCGAAUGGUGACGUGAGUUCUGAGCAUGAAAAUGCAUUCUUGAGAAUGGUUCUUGAAAAACAGUUCUUAUCGCACACUGGUCUAGCCAAAGCUCAUGCUUAUAACAAGAAAGUCGAGGGCUUGUACAGACCAGGUUACUAUGAAACAUUAGGCAAUGUCAUAUUGAAGAGAUUCUUAUUGCUUGUUAUCAUACUGGACCGUGCAAAGUCGCAGACAAGUCUUCCCCUUAAAUAUGGUAUAGAUGGAAAGGAUGGUGGAUCUCCUCCUCUGUUCACUUUGAAAGCUAAUGCUAAAUCGAGCCGCCAAGUUAUUAGUGAUUUUUUAUCUUCGGAAGUGAUGCAUGGGGAAGGCAAUAUUCUAGCACAUCUGUUGAUUGUUGGAUAUAGACUUACAUACCAGCAAAAUCUUUUGAUCGAAUAUGACUUCAAAGUCACUGAUUUAUUUGAAGACCUUCGGAAUGGCAUUCGACUUUGCAGAGCUAUUGAACUCUUGAAACACGAUCCUUCCAUUCUCAUGAAAGUGGUAGUUCCAGCCGACAGUCAGAAGAAAAGUCUCACUAAUUGUGGCGUUGUACUGGAAUAUCUCAAGCAAGCGGGCGUACCGUUACUUGAUGAAGAUGGGACAGAAAUUAUUGCAGAGGAUAUUGUUAAUGGAGACAAGGAACUCACACUUUCCUUGCUCUGGAACAUUUUUAUACACCUACAGCUGCCACUCUUAAUCAACAAAUCACUUUUGUUGGAAGAAGUUUCACAUAUCCAGGGAGUUGCUUCGGAGAAUGUCAAUAACCAGACACUCUUGGAUUUGCUGCUUAGUUGGAUUAAGGCAAUCUGUGAAACUUAUGAGCUGAAGAUUGACAGCCACUCUUCCCUGUUAGAUGGAAAAGCCCUUUGGUGCUUGCUUGAUUAUUACUUCCGUAAAGAACAUGACUGUUCGUGUUUUGUUAAGGAACCUGACGGAACCAAGACUGAAAAUUCUAUCAUGUCAGCAAUUGAAUAUACAGAUGCUGUGCACAACUUCAUACUUUCUCAAAAAUUAACAUCUUUGUUAGGAAACUUUCCAGAGGUUUUACAAGUGAGUGACAUACUAGAACACAAUGGUGCGUGCAACGGGCAGAGUGUCAUCGUACUCUUGGUGUUUCUAGCAGUUCAACUACUCGUGAAAAGAAAUUUGGAUAAGUUAAACUUUCACAAAUUGCUGGGUUUUGGUUGCCAACCAUCGAACAGCAGGCGCAGAAGCACAGAUUGGAACAAUGAAAAAGAUCCGGCAAGAGAUUUUAAGGCUAUAAUGGCUUGGUGGCAAGACAUGGCCAAACAAAAUGGAAAGUGUAGUUUAAAGCCGGAUAGCAGAAACGAUAACUCUGUUCAAAGAGAAAAUGCUGCAAUCAUUAUACAGUCUCACUACAGAAGCCUAAUAGCUCGUCGAAACUACAGAAAAGUAACAAAUGCAGCUCUAGUGUUGAAAAGUGCGAUAUUCGCUUGGUUAUCAGAGAGGAAGAAGAAAACAUUUGUCGAGGAACUGAGAGCAAGUAGGAUGAACUCGGAAAAUCUUCCCAUGUACGUCGCGCUUAUGGUUGACAGACAUCAGUUUGUCGACUUAAAAAGAUCGAUCUUAGUUAUUCAGCAGGCGAUAAGGUCUAGCAUUGCUAGGAAGCAUUAUGAAGAAAGAGCCAUUUGCAAUCAAAUGCACAAUGCUGCUAUGGUCAUUCAAAGUUGUGUAAGAGGUUGUAUGGCGCGGUCUAAUUAUAGACAAAGAAUCAUUGCUAAUCUUCAGACAUCAGCGGCAAUCAUAAUCCAGCGUUCUUGGAAAGAUCACAUCAUGAACAGACAAAUGCAUAUUAAGAACUCGGCCGCAACAAAAAUUCAGAGCAACUAUCGUGGUUGGGUUGUGAGGAAGAGAUUUGCAUCGAAGAAGUCGGCAAUAAGAACAAUUCAAAGGAGGUUUCGCCUCAGAGUGGAAUAUCUAUCUGCUGUCGUUGUUCAAUCUCAUGUCCGCGGAUGGAUGGCUCGUAGACGAGCAAAUAGAGCUUUGCAACAGCUCGAAUCCGCAGCAAUCAAAAUUCAGCAUUCUUGGCGAGGCUACCUUACCAAUAAACUUAUGUGUCAACACUCUGCUGCAGCUAAAAUUCAAAGCCAAUAUCGUAGCUGGAUAAAUAGAAAGAAUUUUACGAGCAAGAAACAAGCAGCGACGACAAUUCAAAGGAGUCUACGAUGUUUAAGAAGCAUAAAGAAUUUCCAGAUUCACCGAGAGAAACAUUUAUCUGCUAUCAUCAUUCAAGCUCAUGUUCGCGGAUGGAUUGCUCGAAGACAAGCGAAACAAGAAAAGAAUCUCGUAGCUACAAUUCAGAGGAAGGAGAUCGCGAUCCGGAAGAAUUCUGCUAUUAAGAUCCAAAAUGCUUUACGCGGCAUGAACUGUCGCAAGGAAUUCUACUCUCAACGCCGUGCUGCAGUCGAGAUCCAAAGCUUCAUCAGAGGGGAGAACACUAGGAAAAUACUUAUCGUCACUAAAUCAGGAGCUGCCGAGCCUGAAUCGAACACACUUCUGCAGUCUGCGGUGAAAUUGCAAAAAUGGUGGAGAAAUGUUCUGCAAACUAGAAUAAUCUCAAGGUCAGCCAUGGUCAUCCAAUCGUGUUACCGAGGAUGGCGAGCGAGAAAAUUGGCAAGGAGAGAAAAGCAGAGUGUCGUCGUGCUUCAAUCGUAUUGGAAAGGCUACCUUGCGCGCAAAUACGCGAGAGCGCAGCUACGCGACCUGCGCCUGCGAAUGCAAAAGUCUGCUGCAAACAUAGAUGACAACAUGCGCCUAAUAAACAGACUUGUCGCCGCAGUUUCUGAACUUUUGAGCAUGAGAAGCCUCAGCGGCAUUCUGCAUACGUGCGCGACUUUGAAUAUGGCGACCGAGCUUUCACAAAAAUGCUGCGAAGAGCUCGUUAAUGCUGGAGCCAUCGCGACACUGCUGAAGCUAAUCCGUUCGGUGAGCAGGAGCAUACCUGAUCAGCAAGUCCUGAAGCAUGCCCUGUCGACUCUGAGGAACCUCGCUCGUUUCCCACACCUUGCAGAAAUAUUGUUAGAUUGUCGCGGAAGCGUCGAAACCAUUGUUUUAGAGUUCCUAAGGAACAAAGAGGAUGGAUAUUUCAUAGCGGCGGACCUGCUGAAGAGAAUGUGCGCCAUCGAGAAAGGCGCGAAAGCUAUCGGCAAGUCGCCGGCGCUUGUGAAGAGGCUGAACAACAUUGCCGAGGACUUGGCGAAGAAGGCUGCCGCUGCCGGAAAGGACAAAAGGAAGAAGGAGGCGGCAAGGGAGAUCUCAUUAACAGAGAGAAGAUUAAAAGAAGUUGUUGAGCUCCUCAAAAUCAUUACAAAAAACUGCUGACAAUCUGAAUUUGAUCGAUCAGAUCAUUCAUUCCCUUUGGUUUCUCGUGUUUCAGUUUCGCUCAUCAUGUAAACGUUGUGUUUAUUUGGAUAGUAUUGAAUUUGGAUUGAACUAUAUGAAUUGACAGU